AUGGAGAGAGUACAUUUUCUUGUGUUGAUUUUCUUUUACGCCCAUCUAAGGUGUGCGGUCGGGUCGAAUAAUGUCCCCGGGAUUUUUAUCUUUGGGGAUUCGACUAUCGAUGCGGGCAACAAUCGUUUCAUCCCGAACUGCACUGUGCAGGCUGAUUUUCCUCCCUACGGCAUCACUUUUUUUCACCAUCCGACCGGACGGUUCACUGAUGGCAGAACUGUAUCCGACUUCAUUUCUGAAUUUUUGGAAUUACCUUUGCAAAAGCCAUUGUUGGAGAUAGAGCAUGAGAUCGCGAACGGGACUCGGAAGAACUUUCCGACUAACGGAAUCAACUUCGCCAGCGCCGGCAGCGGUGUUCUUCCGGCCACAAAUAGUGAAUACGGUGUCAUACCAAUCCAAGUCCAACUUCAACAAUUCAAAACACUAGUCGAACAAAAUCGAAUCGACAAGAAGCUCGUACGCGACUCACUCUUCUUCAUACAAUCGGGCAAUAACGACCUUUUCGGCUACUUCAUAAUUAAUCCAUUCGACCCUCCCACAUUGACACCCAACGCCUACGUGCAAUCCAUGGUGGCCCAAGUUGAAGACUUUGUGGACACGAUUUACAAGCUCGGGGCCCGACGGAUUUCCCUUUUCGGCCUAGGCCCGGUGGGCUGUAUUCCGGCCCGAGCACUUUUGCCUGGUGCACCUGUAAGAAAGUGCUAUGGCAAGAUGAAUAGAAUGGUCAAGGUUUUCAAUACGGGCCUCGAAAAUAUAGUGACAAGUUUUCCGGUGAAGUACUCGGGUGCGAUCGGAGUUUUCGGAGCUACUUAUGAAAUAUUUCAUAUUCUUCAAACCAAUCCUAAGCACUACGGAUUUAAUGAUAUAGAAAAUGCAUGCUGUGGAUAUGGGAAAUUGGGAGGAGAAUUACAAUGUGGAAUGGAAGGCUACACAUUGUGCAAAAGCCCAAACGAUCACUUAUUUUGGGAUUAUUUCCACCCAACAGAGUCCGCGUACAAGUUCAUCUCCAAAGCCCUGUGGGCCGGUGGGCCCAAUAACAUCCGCCCAUUUAAUUUGAAGAAACUAUGCAACAUCACCCUUCCCAAUAACAUAUGA